GGACAAUCCUGAAAUGAAUCCUUUAAUUCCUGUGGUUUUACAAAAUAGCAAAGACGUCCUUUUUGGAAAUCUUCAAGAGAUCUACGAAUUUCACAAAAGAACUUUUCUUAAAGAACUGGAGAAUUGUACUGAAGAUACUGAUUCACUUGGAAGAUGUUUUCUGAAAAGGAAGGAAGACCUUCAAAUUUAUGAAAAAUACUGCCAAAAUAAACCAAGAUCAGAAGCCCUAUGGAGGCAGUGUGCUGAAAGCAUUUUUUUCCAGGAAUGUCAACGAAAAUUGGAUCACAAACUUUCUUUGGAUGCCUAUCUCUUGAAACCGGUCCAGAGAAUCACAAAGUAUCAGCUGCUUUUGAAGGAAAUGCUAAAGUGCAGCAAGAAUUCAGAAGGCACAGCAGAAUUAGAAGAAGCUCUCGCAACUGUACUAGAUAUCAUCAAAUCAGUCAAUGAUUCUAUGCAUCAAAUAGCCAUUACUGGAUAUGAGGGGGAUCUCUGUGAACUAGGGAAGCUUCUAAUGCAGGGCUCGUUCAAUGUGUGGACCGACCACAAGAAGGGCCAUAAUAAGGUGAAAGAUCUGGCCAGAUUCAAGCCAAUGCAGAGGCAUCUCUUCCUGUAUGCCAAAACCCUGCUUUUCUGCAAGAAGAGGGAAGAAAGCACUGAGGGACACGAGAAGUCACCUUCCUAUAGUUUCAAGCAUGCUCUGAAGAUGAGUUCGGUUGGUAUCACUGAAAAUGUAAAAGGGGAUAAUAAGAAGUUUGAAGUGUGGUACAAUGGCAGAGAAGAAGUGUACAUUAUUCAGGCAUCAUCUGUUGAGCAGAAGAACCUGUGGGUAACUGAGAUUAGAAAGGUACUAACAGGGCAACUUGAGGCAUGCAGAGAAGCCAGCCAGUUACAUCAGAGGAUAACAGAGAGUGUGUACCAUGCUCCAAUGAAUUCUUGGGUUACUAGGUCAAACAAAACAUCACUGAACAAUCAAAACAAAGCCGACUCCUCCAGUCACAAUUCACCGAACAACAAGAACAGAACAACAAGUCCAGCUGGAAGACAUACAAAAGGUCCUCUUGGUCCUGAUGUGAAAGCAAAGAGACAUGAAAUAAAGAGUGACCCUACUCCCUUGGGUCUAAAAGGUUGGCCAAGACACCUAAAUUCCUUAGAAACAUACGAAGAUUUUUCUGCCAUUCCAUCCAGCAACGAUGAACUUUCAAAUUCGUCUGAUAUUGAAGAAGAAACCACUCAUUCCAAAGGGUCAAAGCUUUUCUCGAUUGAAAGUAGUUUUGAAACAUGUUCACCUAGCACAUUUUCCCUCAAAGAAGGUGAUAUAGUACAGUUCAUACAGUGCGGAGAGAACGGACAGUGGCUAGUGAAGGAUCCAAUUACCAAAAGGAAAGCCUGGGUACCAUGCAAUAUAUUGACACCAGUGGCAUCUGCUAAUGUGUUGCAGAAGGACAACAUCACAGCUUACAGUGGCACGUGCCAAAUGUCAGCGGCAUCCGCCACCAUGAAAGAGAAGCAGAAUGAACACACAAGAAGUCUUGUAACAGAACAGAAGGCAGUAAGUUGAACACUGGAAGCAGCAUGUUGGAGUCUUUAGGGGAUGUGGGCUGAGAAGUCCAGUCUUUGUUACCCAGCCUGGAACUACAAACUGGCUCAUAUGGCUUCUGGCUGAUUCUGCAGAAAGGCGAUGAGACGAUCUGCAGAGCGUGGCAUUCCAAGAAGAGGAAAUACGUGUUUGUGGUAUUUUCUACAGUGACCUACAUUAGGUCUACAUCAGAGAGGAAAAUGAACUAUGCAUUUGACUCUGGGCAGCUUCUUCUGUCACUGCAGAUGAAGAACUUUCUUUUCCAUCUUGUGAUUGUUUCCUACAGACUUGUUAUCCUUCUUACUUGCUGAAUGCACAGAUGAAAGCUUUACUUUGUUCCAGAAGCACUUU